AUGGGAGUCUUACGUGUUUUAUUGGUGAAUAUCGCCAAGUUAAUUUUUAUGAUUAGUACAGUAUCAAGUGUUGAAAUUUGUUCUAAUAAAACCCAGAUUGGAGAACUAGUUAGUCUAAGUGGGACACGUAGAGGUGGCGAAUCUUGUGGAUGUUCAGUCAAUCUUGUUAACGACAAUGAGGAUUCAACUGUAACUUUUCAAGCAACUCAGAAUCCUGCUGGUUGUCAGAAAAAAUUGAUGUUGAAGACUAAAACAAGCGAAUACAACUGUCAAAACUAUCCAUAUCAUACCACAUUUACUUUGACACCAACUGAUCAACUUUAUAUUAAUUUGGUCAAUAGUCAGAACACCUUAGCUGGUUUUGUUUUUAACUUUACCAUACAAACUGAAACCAAUGGUUCACGAGUUAAUUUAACCUGCCGUAGUCUCUGGACAACUGUCGGUGGUAAUAACUUACAAUACAGUAGUACAACAGGUGCGUCUGGACAGAUUGACUUUACAACCAGAGGUACAGAAUCUCAGAACCAAGACUUAGAUAUACCUGUGAUAGUAGGCUGUAUUGUUGGUGGUGUAGUUUUAGUACAUAUUAUUAUUUUGAUGAAAAUAUUUCAUUAUAAAUGA